CUUGACUGACUAUUACUUGUGUUUUAUUUUCACAUAUAGUCUGUGACUCUACUGGUACUCUAGUGUGUAGUGUGUGCUUUACCGGUACUACACCACACACUACAGAGUGAUUCCCUGCACACUGACACACUACACUACACUGCUAUUCCUUCUUUUCAAUCAAUCGCUUCACUACUCACUGCUACACAGUACACACCAUCAUCAACAUUAACCCUUUUAUUUCAAAAUUUAAACACUCUUUCAUUAUAUUACUAUUAAACUCCUCAACCAAAUCCAAAUUCCAGCGCCAAACAAACAACUCCCUCUCUCUCUCUCUCUCCAUCGGCCAUGGAUGGUUACGAUGAUGCUGAGCUUCGCGUGGGACUGCCUCUUCCUCGUUCUGUAGAGAAUUUGCUUCACAAAAUUUGCUCCGAGAAGAACCAGUCCCCGCCGAAAGCCGAUGUCCGGCGGAAAUUGGUCGUAGCCGGCGAAAAAGAAGCUCUACAGGUUUUGCAGAUCGUUGAUAGAGACCAGGUCGGGAACCUCUCCGCUUACAUUGUUGACCUGCUUGGAAAUUCUUCAUCGCCGUCGCCGUCGCCGUCGACGUCGUCAUCACCAUUCCUUUCUCCAUCUCCUUCGCUUUCGUCUUCUCGUUCUUCUCCUCCUCGGAAGAGAGUCUCUGUUUCUUAUUCUCCAACUCGAAGAAUCUAUUUCUCUUCCACUUCCGCAAGUGAGUGUAGUGGCUCCAUUCCUUGCUCGCUCAGUUCUCGGACUGAGACCCCCCAAAAGCCCAGAGAAACGGGACAACGAGAAGUAUUGGAAGCUUUGGGAGAACUUGAGUUUAGAAGGCAAUUCUUAAUCCUCAAUUACAGUGCCGGAAAGGAAUUUCGGACAGUUAUAACUGACGAAGAAAUCAGGAGCUUUAAAAAUGUUUCCAUGGUAGAGUUUGAAAAGCAAAUGUGGAAACGUUUUGGAAGAAAUGCUUUGGAACCACAAGAUCGUCUAAUGCAUCAUGAUUGGGAUUCUAGAAGAACACACCUUUACUACUGUCAUGUUUCUCCUGAAGGGAGUUAUAGAUUCAAGGGUCCUUAUCUAAACAGUACAAGAACUCACUUACAGAAGGUUCUAGGGGAUGACAACGUUUUGAUGGUUAAGUUUGCUGAAGAGUCGACUUCACGUGAUCCAAACUAUCCUGGAUUUAGAAAUAUAUGCAAAGAAGGGAUUUUAGUUGGUUUACGUCUUUACUGCUAUUUCGUUUUUAAAGAUGGUGGUAAGGAAGAGAAGAAGAAAAGUCCAACAUCAUCCCCCGUAAAGUGUUUUUUCAUUCGCACUCACUCUACUGCGCACAUCGAUCAGAAUGCAUCUUAUAUCUUAUCCAAUGGAUGUUAUAAAACAAUGUUUGAUAGAAGACUUCUGUUUAUGCAUGCGCAUACAGUACCCAAUGUGGCCAAAUUUGAUGCUAGGUUUUCACUUGUAUUGUCCAAGACACAUAGCAUGGAUAUUGAUCUAUCCCAGGUUCGAGUUGAUUUUAUUGAUGAUCUACCCUGCAAGAAUGAAUUUGGUGAAAUUGUCAAAAGAGAUGGAGAAGCUCUAAUACACACAGAUGGCACUGGGUACAUUUCUGAGGAUUUAGCUUUGUUAUGUCCACAGAAUGUACAUAAAGGACAAUAUAACAACAAUAAGUUUUCUGAGAUAAUCCAAAAUCAUGACGAACACGAUGACAAAGUGGAGGAUGGUGCAAAAAUAGAACGGCAAGGAACUGGGACACGGGAGCCUCCUAUGUUGAUACAGUUCCGUAUGUUUUACAAUGGCUAUGCAGUUAAAGGAACCUUUCUUGUGAACAAGAAGCUUCAGGGCAAAACAAUUCAGAUUCGAAAUUCAAUGGUUAAAGUUAAGCCGGAUCCAGCAAUUUUGGAUAUUAAGACAGUGAAUUCAUUGGAAGUAGUUGGAACAAGCAAUCCACCUAAUAGAACUUACACAUCAAGAAAUUUAAUUUAUCUCCUAAGCUUUGGAGGGGUGCCACACAAAUAUUUCGAGGAAUUACUUGAUAAUGCAUUGAGAGAAGCUUAUGCUGCAUCCAGCAGCAAGCGCAUUGCGCUUAAAGUUGGUAUUAAUUAUGGAAACAUGGAUAAUGAUUUUACUAUUGCAAGAAUGAUCUUGGCUGGUAUUCCACUUGAAGAGCCCUACUUGCAAUACCGUCUUUCUAUACUAAUGAAGGAAGAAAAGAAGAGUCUAAAAGGAGGAAAGCUUUACAUACCUGAGUGCUGUUAUUUAAUGGGAACAGCUGAUCCCACUGGAAAACUUGAAAGUGAUGAAGUUUGCGUUGUCCUUGGCAACGGACAAAUUUCAGGAAAGGUUUUAGUUUAUCGUAAUCCAGGUAUUCACUUCGGUGACAUUCAUCUUCUAAAGGCUACCUAUAUAGAAGAACUUGAAUCCUUCGUCGGAAAUGCCAAGUAUGCUAUAUUCUUCUCCAUAAAAGGUGCAAGGUCAGUAGCUGAUGAGAUUGCCGGGGGAGAUUUUGAUGGAGAUAUGUACUGGGUCUCAAGAAACCCUGAGUUAUUGAAAUAUUUCAAACCUAGCAAACCUUGGGUUCCAAUGCCCUCGGCAAAGAAGGUUGUGAGUAAACCUAUUCCAUCUGUACCUGAAGAAUUGGAAGAUGAAUCUAUUAACCAUUUCUUACAAGCUAGGUUUAAACCAAGUAAAGCCAUGAGUGAGGCAGCCGAUAGCUGGUCGGCCUUAAUGGAUAGGUAUUUGACUCUGGGGAAUGAUUGUGUUGAGGAGAAAAAAUUUGUUGAAAAGAACUUAAACAAGUUAGCUAACAUUUACUACGAUGCUUUGGAUGCUGCAAAGAAUGGGACGAAGGUUAUAGUUCCCGGAGAGUUAAAGCCGAAAUUAUUCCCUCACCAUAUGGAAAGGCCAAAAUCAUUUGAAUCCAAGUCCAUUUUGGGAUUGAUAUAUGAUAGAGUGAAUUCUUAUAAAGAAGAGGAUUAUUCGAAAACAGAGGUGUGGAAGCUUCCAUGUUUCGGUGACGAUAUCAUCCCUGAAGACAGCUUGAAGAAAUGGAAGGAGUACCACACAAAUUACAAGAAAGAGAUGUGUGAUGCCUUGAAGAACAAGGAUAAUGAAUUGAAAACCAACGCUGCUGAUGAGGUCCUAAGGAAGUAUAAAAAGUUACUGUAUGAAGCUGAAGAUUUGGAAGAGAGCCCGAGGAGUAUGGAGGAGAUAUAUAGCGAGGCGAUCGCCAUAUACCAUGUGACUUACGACCAUGCCAUGGGUAAUGGCAGUGUCAAGAAUUGUUCAUUCGCAUGGAACGUUGCGGGUUCAGCACUCUUCAAGUUUUACGCAAUCAAAAAAAUUGGUGAGAAAGCAUUUUUCUGUGUUCCUUCUGUCUUAAAAGAGGUGCUUUAGGUAAAUGCUAACAUAAUUCCACGUACUAACUAUUGAUAUGUAUAUAGGGAUAGAUGUAGGUCAUUCAAUAUGUAUAGUACUUCCCUUUCAAAAAAAAAAAAAUAUGUAUAGAACUUAUGAGCACAUAAAUUAUACUCUAGAUUAAUGUAUAUCAUUGUAAGCUUUAUAUUUCUAUUCAAUCAAAGUUUCAAUGCAA